UCGUACACCAGACACUCAGUCUCGCCUCGGCAAUCGAGGAGAUCGUACGUAUAGAGUUUCUCCCGUGAGAUCGCGUAUUCUCCCCUACGGCAGCGAGCGACCGUCGCGGGAACUUGACGCGCUCGAUCGACACCGGAAUCGAUCUCGAUCGCCGACGACGCUCGUCGGCGGAAGGAGUCCGGAAAGCAGCUCGAGCGGAGGACGCGAGCGUGCGCCCGCGCGCGUCCGUCUGACUAAAUCGCGCCGGUCGUUCACCCGGUGUGCGCUACUACGAAUAUUCUUACGCAACGACCCGAUCGGAGAGAGAAGGAAAGAGAGAGAGAGAGAGAGAGAGAGAGAGGAGCGAGUGCAGCGAGUGUACGCGCGCGCUCCGGAGGAAAGUUUCUCUCCAUCCAGCGUUCGAAGGGGAGAGCGUUUUUCGCGACCGGGAAAGUCGGAGAGAGGAGGAGCGCGCGGAGCGAGAGGGCCGCGGACGCGCGACACGUGCGAGCGACCCGCGAAGGGAUCGAAGGCCGCGGUGCGCGUCUCGCGCGGGGAUGCGCGCCGCCGUAGUACUCCCGAAGUAGGAGACCGCGAGAGCGCGAGAGGCGACUGGCUGCUGCUGGGCGGCCCACCUUUCCCGCGGGGUCCACCCGGAGCGGUGGUCCCGAAUGUGACGACGCCACCGCAUCGCCGUCGCACCGACGACCGGACUCUGUUUGCUAUGCGCUCCGGACUGCGUUUGCUAUGAAAGGAUGAGUUGUUCGGUCAAGAUCUCUUGCGGCAAGGGCUGGGGCGGCUCGCAGCAGCAGCGCAGGAUCGGCUCCCUCGCGGAGGAGGCGGUCAACUGCGCCGGCCACCAAGCCGUCCAACCGACGGGCGGCGCGACCUCGACGUUGAGCUCGACGAGCGCGACCAACACCACCGCGACCGCCACCGUCACCGUAGCCUUCAACAAUCCCGUUGUCAUCACCACCAAUACGAAUACCAUCAUUACCACCGCUGCUACCGCUGCCGCCGCUGCCACCACCAGCGUCAGCGUCAUCGGGGCCGGUAAUCAGAGGGUGGUCCCACCACGCCCCGUCAAGUCGAUCGCCGCGAAGAAAGGGGAGGACACCACAAAGUUGCUGAAGUACAUCGACGAUAACGUCAUCGGCAAGAACGGCACGUUCUUCGGGCCGUUUGGCCGCAGGAAAGUGGUUUAUUGCGAUUACACCGCCUCGGGAAGGUCGCUACAGUUCCUCGAAGAUUACAUCGCGAAGGAGGUGCUGCCAUGUUUGGGCGACACUCGGGCAUCCACGUCCAUCUGCAGUCUACAGUCGUCUCUUUUUAGGCAUGAGGCCAGAGACAUCGUCAGACACGCGGUCGGGGCUAGCGAGCAGGAUGCAGUCCUGUUCACCGGCCAAGGCACCGCCGCUGCCCUCCGCACACUUUUACGGCAUCUCGAUCUCUCCAAGUCCACCGUGGUCUUCGUGGGCCCGUUCGAGCAUCACGCCAACUUGAGGCCUUGGCGCGAGCUCGAUGUCAAGAUAGUACGAGUUUCCGAGACCCGGGAGGGCUUCUUGGACCUGAACGAUCUCGAACGGGGCCUCGCGAGAAUGCGGAGCGAGGGCGUUGCGCAAAUGAUCGGAUGCUUCAGCGCUGCCAGUUGCAUAACGGGGGUUUUGGCAGAUGACGUCGCGACGACCCUCCUGCUGCACCAAUAUGGCGCGCUUAGCGUGUGGGAUUACACCACUGCAGCGCCGUACGUUCAGAUUGACAUGAACCCACGCCUACCCGGGGUUGGGGAGACCGCGGUGUACAAGGACGCAAUCAUUUUUGCGGGCCACAAAUUUAUCGGCGGCGUGCAGUCGCCCGGUAUCCUGGUGACGAAACGAGGGCUCCUGCGGGAGGACGUCGAGCCGGAGGACAUGAGGGACUCUCAUCUCUACCACCGCGAUCCCGAGCUGCGGGGCGAGAGCGGGACCGCCGGUGUGGUCGAGAGCAUCCGAUGCGGGCUGGCGGUCCAGCUGAAGGAGAACGUCACGCCGAGGGCGAUCGUCGCACGACAGGAUAAAAUCUCUCGGCAAGUCUUGGCCCACGUGCGCACCAUUCCGGAAUUGAUUCUACUCGGCAGCUCCUCGCAGAACGUGAAGCGACUGCCCAUCUUCUCGUUUAUGGUGCGCCAUCCUCGCGGCACGUUCCUCCACCAUAACUUCGUCUGCGCCGUUCUGAACGACGUUUUCGGUAUCCAGGCACGAGGAGGAUGCGCGUGCACGGGUCGUUACGCUCAUCAUCUGAUGGGAAUUGAUCGGGAACUCGCCAAGGAAUACGAAAACGUUCUCUUGGAAGGACAACGGAACGGCAUCGAGGAAACCACUGCGGAGGGCCUCAGACCGGGCUUUGCUAGACUGUCCUUUCCUUUCUUCAUGAGCGAGGCGGAAGUUGCCUUUGUGCUCGAAGCUCUCAAGAUGGUAGCCACCGAAGGCUGGAAACUGUUGCCGCAAUACGUGUUGAAUCCCGAUACUGGCGAAUGGCGGCACCACACCAACAGUGUCUUCAAGGAGCGCAAGUGGCUGGGCUCAAUCAGGUACACGGACGGUAGAAUGAGCGCCACGGAGAGACGAGCUUCCGGCGCCGGCAUUUUUCCGCAGACCUACGGCGAUUGCUUGCAAACCGCCCGAAACAUCUUCAAUCGCGCUCGUAAAAUGGCGCAGCGAUAUCCGCUGCAGAUCGACAAGAGCUUUAACUUCAUGUGCGAGCGUAUGGAAGCACUGCGCUGGUUCAUGCUACCGAGCGAGGCGCAGGAUCUCCUUUUGGGUAACUCACAGAACGUCAAGCAGGACGUACCGUUCAAUCCGUUGCUGGCCUGGAACAAAUACAGCCACGCGAACACCGCCACCACCUGUCACGACAGUCUAGUGAACUGCCUGACGCUGACGAACGGCAUGAGACGGCUAAAUAGCGACAUUCCGCGUACGGGCAAUGCGCCAAUCUCAACGAUCUCGCCGAGACAUCGUAGUUUACCAGCAUUAAGUACAGUUCGGCGAACUCUAAUGGCGACCACGGCGGAACUGAAUCAGCCGUCGUCAUCGAGCAACAGCGAGGAGGAGAGCCCGAAUCAAAAUGAACACCUUCAUUUCUCCGGUGGACACCGAUCACCCGCCACGUGUCCAAAUUCGCCGAUGCCAGUCAGAUUCUUGGUGGGUGAGGCCGUGACCACUUCGGUCUUGGGAUCGAUAUCCCGUACGACUACUCGGCCGACGAAAGAGCAGAGGGAGCUAUUGGAGGCUAACAACGCCGGACGCGCGAGAUGCAACUCUCUAGGUAGCACUACCGACGGAUGCAACACGCAGGGAAAUUGCAACACGCAGGGAAAUCGCACCAGUGCAGCGACGGCAUCCUCGCCGAUUCCAGCGCUUCCUCUGAGCCCACAAACCCUGACCAGUUUGGGACUGAGCACGUCGAACGGUUCGUCGAGGCACAAACGUCUUCACUGCAGCUGCAGCAGUCAGACGGAAUUAAACUCUUUGGAAUUGGAUACCGCCGCCAGCCCGAGCCACUCGAUCUCUUCCUUGAACUACAAUCAUAUUCCGGCGUCGCCGCCGUCUUCGUAUUCGUCGACAAGCGAUUACACCGAGAGGCUGGUAGGCGGUGGCAGAGCAUCGCCUAUCUCUACAAAUAUGGGUCAGGACGAUCUGAGCGCUUACGUGAAGGAGAUGACCAAGGAAUUAGCAACGGAGAUCAAAUCGGAGAUCCGCGAGGUGAUUUCCAAAGUGGAUGACGCCUUGUCAGAGACGAACACUUCCGAGAAUACGCCGCAGCAUCACUCACGGGCUCAGAGUGUAGUCAAUCAAACGUAUGUGGAGGAGAAGCAGUCGAGGCAUGACUCGUUCACGGCCAGCGACAUCGCUGAGUAUUUAAUGGAAUUCUCCAAGGAAAUGGCAAGCGAAGUUAAAUCCGAGAUAAGAUGCAUGGUGAACGCCGUUGACGGACUUCACAGGUACUCGCCAGACGCCUCCACUUCGGACGUUUCUUCGAGUGGAUGCGGUUCGCCUGAUCGUGGAAGAAUUGUGCUCCCCUCGUCGGCGUCCCCGCGACUUUCGAACUCUAGAAAAAGCGGAUCGAUCGAGAUCACCAGUAAGGUCGGCGAGCUAUCGCAGCAAGAGAGCAAAAUGUCCAGCGAGUGCUCCUCAGAUGAAACGGUCAUUUAUGUAAUGAAGCCGUCCGAGAACGAGCAGAUGGUGCGCACUCGUUCCAAGACCGAGGAUGAGGAGGUGGAAAAUGAUGUGGACGAUUACGUAGACGAUGAUUCGCAGGAGGGACGCGGCGGCUUGGACAUCGGCGAUGCUCGGAAGAUUCUGCCGAAGAUUUAUUCGGCCAUAAACUCGGUUAGCUCCCAGGACAGUGGCAUAAAUAUGUCCUUUCAAGAGAGCGACAAGUCGAUAGAUUCACUGGACCUGAAACGGAGCAGCAGCGCCGAGUCUAACUCUACCCAUAGCCACGGACGGAAACCCAGGACGACGUCGAUGAUGAGUCUGUCGACUAAGUGCGGCAACAAACAGCAAGCGCGUCAAAACGACAAUCUCUCAGAGGACGAAGAGUGCACAGGCGAUCUGCGAGAGGAGGAGGGCGACGAUCAGGAGAACAAUUUUGACGAUAACGAGUCUAGACUCGAGUUUCCGCGAACUCAGUGGCACUGUCCGCCGAAAAACAUCUGGAAACCCUCGGUGGAAGCUAUGCAAGAAUUUGACAUGAUUCGGGACAAUGAUAAGGUCUUGGUUUGCCUGUCAGCAGUCGGCAGAGACUCGCUCUCCCUUCUGCAUACUUUACAUCAGUACAGAUUUUACGUUAAAUCGAAAGGGAUCGACUUUGAGAUCGGCGCGGCCACCAUCGACGCGAGUGGCUCUGACCCCAUGGAACUGAUGAGUUAUCUGAAGACACUGGAAAUUCCCUACUUUUACGAGGAACAAGUGACGGACUCGAUCAGCAUCGACAAUCCGUUAGACGCUAGCGUUGCCAGCGGGACUUGCAGCUUCUGCGAUAAGUCAGUUAGAACGCAAAUUUACUCUUUGGCGAAACGGCAUGGAUAUAACGUACUGGCUCUCGGUCAACAUUUGGACGAUCUCACGGAGAGCUUCCUCAUCUCAGUGCUUCACGGUGGCGUAUUGAAAACCAUGAAGGCUCAUUACUAUAUACGUCGAGAGGAUCUCAGAGUCAUCAGACCGUUCAUCUACGUGCGGGAGAAGGCCUUGAGACAGUUCAUUGAGAACAAGAAGCUACCUAUCUCGCAGGAUUCACGAACUUUGUCUGAGAAACAAAAUAGAAGGAAGGAGUUGAUGCUUCAACAGGAACGCGCGUAUCCGCGACUGCACUGGUCCGUGCGUACGGCUCUACGACCCUUGAUAACUGCCCACGGACAAAUUACCGCCUUUGACUUGGCCUGCAGUGGCAACGGCGGUAACAGUCCAAGUAGCAGCACCAACAGCAGCAUAAGCAGCACUUGCAGCAACAAUAGCGGCGGUAGUAACACUAGUAAUCAACAGAAACGACACCGAAGGACCAAGAUAAAUCCUUUGGCGAGCGCUUCCUCGUCCCAGCAAACUGACGAGAACGACGAGACCGAUGAGGAGCCCGUGCUCUGAGGAGGGCCAACCGCGAGAUGGGAUCCCGAUCGUCCCGCAGUCCCAUCCUCGCGCCUCCGUCGCCGACGUCCGACGUCGACGUUUGCACUUAGGCGAAGACGAUUGCGCUUUGCAGCCGCGGGCGUCGCCGUCAAGGCAAACGAUCAAAAAUGCGCUGAAAACGCCAACUGAGCGAGCGGCAUUUAAAUGUUGAAGAUUUCGCGAGGGACAUUCUUUAAGAAUUGCUCGUGUCUAUGAACAUUAUUCGCGAGUGUAUCCAUCGCUCGUCGCAAGAUCUUAGGCAUUCGUCUUGAAAAGUACCUAAGUGGUAUCGUCACAGUGAAUGAUUGUCGGCUAUUUGAUGAAAAUGGGACUAUUACCGAGUCGUCAUGACGAUCUCGAAUACGAGAAAAGUUACUUUCUGUAGUUCGAUGGACGUUUUUUCGAAGGAGAGUAGUUGCGAUUGGCAGAAUGCUACUUAUUUAAACGGCGGUAAUGCAAGGACGACACAAGUGUAAGUUCUUUGAACUUACAACGGAAUGUUUAAUUGUGGAUUAAUUAAGCUUAUCGACAGCUGACUGCAUGACUAGCUGUUUUACGCGAAGAUAUGGCACGAUGAUAAUUGAUCGAUGAACUGACAAAGGACAGAAUGGUUGACAGUGCAUCGUGCCGUUUCAUUGUAAUGUCGAUCAUGGGAUAUAUAUCGUCGGCUACGGAAUGAUAAACGGAUACCGUCGCCGAUACGCGUAUACGAUUAAGGGACGCGAUACGCUUGAGAGACGCGAUAAGCGAUAGCUGCUUAAACACUAACACAUGAUAUUAUGUGUUAUGUAUCUUAGAGAAGAAGUCAUGCAGCGAGGGAAACGGAAGACAGUUUCACGAGCAAGCCGGAAACCUCGCGAGAAAGAGAGUAUCGCGAAUAUACCUUUUUUUAUACAUAUACAAUUAAACUUUUCAUUUGAUAUACUGCCUUUGGCAUCUAACGGUUACGGUCCUUAAGUCGCGCGAUCGAGAAGUUUUGUAAGCGAUCCAGGUCCUUCGAGAUCCUUUUCUACGCGUUUUUGACUUCCCCGACAAUACGACUUGACGACAGGCCCAUUUCUUUGCGGUCAAAUAAAUGCGUCUUUUAGAUAGUCUGUCGGGAACGUCAUCCCAGGCGGAUUGAAAUGACUGCGCGAUUAUCAUUACGUUAUUCGUUGCAUGAGUUAAUCCGUUUUUCGGAUUAAUAGCUUGGUCGAACGUUUUAUUUCGAAAGGACCACAUCGAGAGGUAAAGGCUGCGACGAAUUCUCAAUUGUCUGCAUGAACUUCUGUUUCGAAAGAGAAAAAGGGGCACUCUCGCGUACGCACAUUAUGCGUAAAGAAUUGACGCUUCUCGCGGAUAGAGCGUAUUGAGACGGAUUGUGUGUGAGACUGUCUAAAUAUUCCCAAGCAACCCAAAUACAAGUCUCCAUUGAGACAUUUAUGAAGUGGCUAAGGCACGUCUGAAAAAUAGUAAUGUCUUGUUUCCCCACUUUGAUGGGAUGAGUGCGAGAGAGGCUUGUAAUAAAAUUAAUUUAAGGAUUUGUUGGAAGGAACAAGUUUUUCGUUUCUAUCCAACAAAUGUAUUUGGAUAGCGAUCUCCGAUAUUUCAUGCCGCAAAACGAAGGCUGUUUUCUCUUAACUGGUAUUACCGAAAACUCAGUGACACAAUAACACAAUAAAGUUGCGCUUCUUUUCACCGUAACUUUAUUUAUGCAGCUCGAUCUGCAUUACGAUCGAUAAGUUUAAUUACAAAUGCAAAAAUUAACGAUGUCGGAUAAUGAACGGGUUGCAAAUAAGAAUCCAAUCACAUUGCGGUUUAUUUAAAUACGUAAUAACUUGAUGAGUCGUUAUGUAACGUUCGACGGGAUCAAUAACAAAAAUAAAAUUAAAAAUUAAAAUUGAUUCCGUAGAAUAAAAACUUUCGAUAUAAAGGAUCAAAUUAUAUUUUGUCAAAUCAAAGAUAUACAAAAAUUUUUAAUAGAUAAAUUUAUCUUUUGUCUAAAUAUAAUGAAGGCUCAAUCGCACUGAUAGUCCGGUAAUCAACUAAUCCUAUAUUUGACCUUCCUUGUAUUAUAAUUAAUUGUGUUUAUCAGAGAGAGAUAGGUAGAACGAUACAAUUAAGCUGGAUUAAUCCGCUAAUCGACACUGAUAUACCGUGACUUUGAUCAUGCAACGAAAUACGUAAUAUUGUACAGAAAAGAUUCCCGUAAGCGUUAUUUCGUAAGAUAUUUUAGAAUCGUAAUAAAAAAUAGUAAAGGAGGAGAAUAUAGAUGAUGUUACGGUGGAGAAAGACAGCGCACGUAAUUGGACCACAUAAACGCCAGUUGAUGAGAGACGAUCAGUCGAAUGGCAUAAGGAAACUUAAAAGAGGACAGUCCGAAAAAAAAGAAAUCAAUAUCAAAAUUUGCAAAAGGACAUCCGGUAAGAUAUAUGUAUAAGCCAAUAGGCACUGAUCGCUAUAUCGAUUAUGAUAUUUAUAGGAGCAGCGGUCUUGUGUUGUUUACUUCUUCUCUCAUGUUUGGCUGUUGUACGCUCGCUAAUCGUUAGUACUAUAAGUAACGUUUAAGACUUGUACGUAGAUCGCAUGUGAAACAACGUACGCAACGUAGACGAUGAUCAUACUAUAAAAUAUUACGCUAUUGUACGUACCAUUUGUGUCGUACUGAUUUUUUUAAAGUGUUCGUUCGUUCGUUCGUUCAUUCAUUCAUCGUUGAGUCAAGGAUGCGAAAGGUGGAAUUAUAACAACCAAAUGCGAUAAGCGAGAUGGAAGUUUUGAUCUAUACGAAUCUUCGCGAAUAGAUAUUCUCAUAUUUUCCGAGAGUUACGAAUGGGACAUUGUUACUGUAAAGAUAUGUAAGUUUAUUUAUCGCUAAUAAAAAUGAACGUUGAUGAAAAAAAAUGAAGAAAAAAGAA